UGUUUGUUGCUCACCUGGUACAUUUUAUUUCUAGAAUUCUAAAUGGACACACAAACACAAAGACAUGUGCAUUACCUGGUUAUGGCUCUAAUAACUCGUUGAACAACCAGCACUGGACAAUGAACGACGACAUUACUUUCUACCUAAAUAGGCGAGGAACUCGAAAGACGACUUUCCGAGGCUAUGAUUAUUGUAAGGACAGAGAAUACAAGGAGAAAAUGUACUGGAAAUGUACCAACAGACUGUGUGGUGGUCGAAUCAUCACGCUGGAACACAUCGUAGUGAAGGAGACUGAACAUAGUCUGCACGGCCCUGAUCAUGGUGAGGUGAAGAAGAACUUAUCAAUGGCCAGGGCAAUACUGGAUCUUCCAAUGUCAUCACGAUUAACAGCUCCGGAUUAUAGGAUUGAUCGAUCUGUUAUUGGACAAAAGUACUGUAACAAUGUCGUGGUGGUAAAAGGUGAACAAAAUAAACGAGAUGAGUUAAUGGAUGUUGGUAACGACACCACAAACAAUGGUAAACAACGCAUCAGGGAUUUAUCAAAGAAGAUGUGCCAUCCCUUGAAUGUCAAACAUUCAAAUACCGUUUGUACCAGUGGACUCGAGGAACUUGAUUAUGGUGUUCUUAAACAUACAAAUUGCGCAGACAUGUUAGGAACAGAAGCAGAGUUCUGUACCAAUCCUUCAACGUUAUGUUACGGCGAUUCCGACACAGAAUUACGCCAUGUAAAUCAAAAUAACUAUGGGAAUAGACCAAUUGCGAUUGAAAGUGGUGAGCAGAAUGAACGAUUAAGUUGCAUAUCUGAACAAGGUGCAUCCGACAGACAUUCACAAGAGGAAAGGGACGAUUAUGCAGAAUUCAAUGACUUGAACACUGACAGCAUUCAGGAGCUUCAUCAAGCAGACCUACAAAUAAGGCUUUGCAUGGCAAUGUUCAGGUUAAGAGAGAAUACAGACCUCACCUUGGAAAAUUCGAUUCCAGAUUUUAGUCAAAAAUAUGGCACGUUUAACCCUCAAAGGCAGAGCCGAAAUACAAGAUUAGACGAAGAGGAAAGCAAAUUUUUACACGACCUGCUGAAAUAUUUAGAUGGCCUUCCAAAAUGAUUCAAACAUGAUGAAGGGAUUUGAAUUUACUAAAUGUCAAGGUAAAACACACCUGUCAGUGAUUUGGUUUGGUUUGUUUGUGUUUUACGUCGUAUUUACAGCUAUGAUCUGUCAGAGAUCAAAUGAGUGACUUAAUACCUAACAUUCUAUUUUUG